GCCGGCCACUCUACCCCUUCGAAACCGCACGCCAAACACCGGGCCACUUCCGCCUCUCCGCAAGUCCGAAUCCAGCUCGUCUCCUUUCGUCUACCGCCGGCCGCCUCGUUCGACUCCUCCAUCGAUCAUCCUGCAAGAAAAUUUUGUCGAGGCGCUUAAUCCCAUGACACAAGGGCCAGGUUUAAAUGAACUUCAAAUUUCUGAAAAUUUCUACAACUUCCUGUGAAUUGAAAUGGCUAAGAUGCAAGGUACUUACGUAUGUCCAUGAGAAAUUUCAGUUGGAAGCUGUUGGGAAUCUAUAAAACUUUACACAAAUUUAUCAUCUCGCAUGCUAUAUUUGAAUAGAAAACUUAAAAGUAUGGGUGCGUUCUUUGCCCUAAGCUUUUUACUCGGCUUUUGCAUGCACGCUUCUCAAAUAGUUAAAUGGUGUAUUUUUUGCAAAAGAAAAUAUAGAAGUUCGUCAUAUUACAUUUCUAAACUAGUUUUUCCACUUUGCAGUAGUUUAAUUACACUGUUUACACCAUUAAUAGCUAUCAAAAAAUAAUAUUUCAUCUUUCAUCUUCAGCCGGAAAAGAAUGCUGCCGUGUCUGAAAAACAAUUGGCUGGUUACUGCAUUGUAUAUUUAGUGUUAUGCCCAGGUUAUUCAUCAUUAUCCACAAGUAUGUUUUAUCUUUGCAAAUAUUCUCCUUUUCUCAUGGCUGCAUUGGACUCCAAUACAAGAGUCAGAGGGGUGAAGCAAAGAAAUCGUAGUAAAUGAUCUCUACUGGCCUCUGUAGCCAAAGGAUUCAGCAAAUCUGAGCAGACCUCACGAGUCAGGAGCUUUCCAAGAAAGCUUCAGUAUUUGGUGCAUGACAAGGUGGACAUGCAUGGAUCCUCAUGGCCAAUUUGUUCUUUGGAAAUGGAAUCCCUUCCUCUCAUCUCUCCCCACUUUUGCUUCAAUGAUCAUUUUGCUGAGAGUACUUGCUAUCUCAGAGGAAAGGCCAGAGCACAGAGGGCAGUCAGUGAGAAAUGAAAGGUGGUUACAAGCGGUAGAGUAGGAGACAGAAAUCCUGACAGGGAAAGGCCUACAACUACAAGGCUACUAGCUAGGCUAUCACUCAUCUCACCUCUCUCUCUGUAGGCUGUGAAAACUGAAAAUAUAGAGAGGCAGGCUCGUAGGGCAUGUUCAAAAGGACACAAGAUCUUCUUUGUGGUACAGUAGUAGAUGAAACUCCAAGGGGGAUUCGAUUUGCCAGUGUGGGAGAAGACAAACAGGAAACGAAGCAACAUCCUAUCAUAUGGUGAGGGGAGUUCUUGGAGGAUGGCAAAUGAUCAUGAUAGAGCAGUACCGCACAACCAAGCAGUUGCAUAUGGAAUCCAAGGCCAUGCUGUUCUUGCUGCACCACCUGCCAACUUCCUCUUCCUCUCACUGGAUUACACCUCCUCUCGCAAUCCAAAUAGUUUCUUAAUGCCUAAGGCCUGGAUCCUGGAGUUGCAACCUGCAGCUGCUGCCUACUUUGGUGAGUUGGAGAAGGCCCUUAUCCAUGGCAGCAGUGCUGGUGCUGGUGUCGAUCCUGGCAUGAUCCAAAGUGAUGCGUACAAAGAGUCAGCAGGAUAUCUUGCAGCUAGGCCCCCCACACUGGAGAUCUUCCCUUCAUGGCCAAUGAGUCAUCUACAGGAUCCAUACAGUCAGAAUUCGCAGUCAGUAGGGAGCACCACUGACUCGAGCUCAGCUCAGAACACAAUGUCACAGGCCGAGUUGGUGUCCCCAGUAAGCAUGAGGUCCGACUCUGGGCAGGAACAGCAACAACAGGAGGUAUUGAUGGUGACCAUUGAUGAUUACAACUACAAACAAGGACUUGGAGCAGCAAUAGCUACUGCACCAAGCUUUCAGCAACAUGCAGGAGGCCUAGACAUGAGGAAGCAUGGAUCCAUAAGAAAAGACGGAAAACUGUUAGAUGCCAAGACUGAAAGGAGAUUGGCUCAGAACAGAGAAGCUGCAAGAAAGAGCAGGCUGAGGAAAAAGGCAUAUGUGCAGCAACUUGAGACAAGUCGCAUUAGGCUUCAGCAAAUCGAACAAGAGCUUCAGAGAGCACGCUCACAGGGCUCGUUUCCUGGAGGAUCCAGUGCACCUGGAGAUAUGAGUUCGGGUGCCGUAAUGUUUGACAUGGAGUACACCCGAUGGCUAGACGACGACAGCAAAUACAUGGCAGAGCUUCAGGGCGCGCUACAGGCCCAACUCCCCGACGGAAACCUUGGCGCCAUCGUUGAAGAAUGCAUGCGCCACUACGACGAACUGUUCCACAUUAGGGCCGUGCUUGCCGGCUCCGAUGUGUUCCACCUGAUGACCGGCAUGUGGGCGGCGCCGGCCGAGCGGUGCUUCCUCUGGAUGGCCGGUUUCCGGCCUUCAGAAAUUCUCAAAAUGCUGAUACCUCAGCUUGAUCCACUGACGGAGCAGCAGCUGAUGGGGAUGUGCAGCCUGCAGCAGUCGUCGGAGCAGACAGAGGAGGCGCUCGCGCAGGGGCUUCAGCAACUGCACCAGUCACUGGCCGAUGCGGUGGGCGCCGGUCCUCUCAACGACGGUGCAGACGUCGCCAACUACACCGGCCUCAUGGCCCUAGCUCUUGGCAGGCUCGAGAACCUCGAGAGCUUUUAUCGGCAGGCUGAUAAUCUGAGGCAGGAAACCCUGCAUCACAUGCGGCGUAUUCUCACAACUAGGCAGACAGCCCGGUGUUUCCUAUCCAUUGGAGAGUAUCAUCGCCGUCUUCGUGCUCUCAGCUCCCUCUGGGCUUCACGUCCUCACGAAAACUUCACCGCGACAGAGAAUGCCAGCCCGACAGGAACUGAAUUCCAGGUUAUUCAGCAAUCUCAGCAAAAUCAAUUCUCCGGGUUUUGACGCCUGUCCAGGAGGGUACAAAUUCUGCCAGCAGCGAGGUGAGAGCGAGAGCGAGAGCGAGAGAAAUGGAGCGAAUGUAAUGUUCUACCAUUAAGAUAUUGAGAAAGGAACACCACUAGGCAGAAAGUUGGGGCUUGAGGCGGCUCGAUCACUUGCUAUGUUCCAAUGGCUCUUGAAUUGAAUGAAGGGUUAGCUCUAAGCUUUUAAAGAAAAAACAUUAGUGCAAACAGCAAAGCAAAGAGACUGAGGAAAAGCUAAAGAGCCGUUGCGACAUGGAAAUUAUGUGCAUUGUUGUUCUUCAGUACUACCAAAAUUCGAUUGGGAAAUUAAUUAACAAAAUGU